AUGGCCAUCAAUACAGACGUCGUCUACGAAAAUGAAAAAGAUGGGCUAUCUUACAGCGAGAGCGGAAUUUCUCAUGCCACCGCUUACAAAGACACACAGAAACUUUUGGGUGUAUCCACCACGGAGCAGAGUGACGGACACACUUUAAAACCUUUGGAUUCCCUUUCCAUGAGUCUGCGAGGCAGUGCGAAGUCCCUAAAUGCCGACCAAAACGGGCACAGGUCCCCUAUGAAGUCUGGAUCUGUGGGAAAUAUUGCGGUCCCAUCCCGUUCUCCAUCGCGACUCAGCUUCAGCCGCGCAUCCUCCCCAGGUCCCCCGCAACCCGCACCGCCCAGUUACCUCUGGCUCGCCCUGCUCUCCUGCUUUUGUCCGGGUUUCCCCUUAAACCUGUUUGCCAUUUACUACGCGCACACGUCCCGGUCGAUGGUGCAACUUGGGGAUUAUGAUACAGCCAGACGACUGGGGAAACUAGCUCGCCUCCUAUCCAUCAUUGCCAUCGCCCUUGGUUUCGGUGUUUUCCUUUACAUCAUUAUAUCAGACAGUCGAGAUGUUAAGUGA